AUGGAGGUCUCCUUUAAACUCACCGAAAGAGAAAGAAAGUUCUCAUCAUCUGGUAAGGUGACAUUGAUACUUAUUUCUCUUCUUUACUUCUUGAAUACAGUUCUUGACGUACUAAAAAAUGUAGAAGUGAAAACUGUUAUUGGACCCCAAAGAUCAGUAGAAGAGGAGUUUGUGAUUGAUCUUGGUGACAGAGCUCAAGUGCCUAUUGUCUCAUUUUCUGCAACUAGUCCAUCUCUUUCAUCUAGAAGUCCUUAUUUUGUUCGAACAGCUCAAAAUGAUUCUUGUCAAGUUAAAGCUAUUACUGCAAUAAUUCAAUCCUUUCAAUGGAGGGAAGUGGUUCCAAUAUUUGAAGACACAGAAUAUGGAAAUGGAUUUAUACCAUACGUGAUUGAUGCCUUACAAGAGGUAGAUGUCAAAGUUAAGUACCGGGGAAUUAUUUCGGUUACAGCAACAAAUGAUCAGAUUCUAGAAGAGCUCUACAAAUUAAUGACUAUGGAGAAUAAGGUUUUUGUAGUGCACAUGACACCAUCUCUUGUAACUCUCUUUUUCUUAAAGGUAAAAGAAGCAGGAAUGAUGAGUGAAGGGCAUGUGUGGAUUGUUACUGCUGGAACCAUGAAUCUCUUGGAUUCUUUUCAUAGGGAUGUCAUUCAAGCAAUGCAAGGCGUCUUAGGUGUAAAGCCUUUUAUUCCAAAAUCAGAAAGGCUUGAAAAUUUCACAGCUAGAUGGAAGAAAGAAACUCAACUGAACUUGACUCCAUUGGCGUCUCAAACUGGUCUGAAACUUCUAAAUGCGAUUUUAGAAACAAGAUUUAGUGGAUUAGCUGGAGAGUUUCACCUUGCUGUUGGACAAUUGCAGCCAUCUAAUUUCCAGUUUCUCAGUGUGAUUGGUAAGGGGGAGAAAGUGAUUGGGUUUUGGACUCCAGAAUUGGGAAUUACAAGAGAACUGAAUAUGAAUACUAGUGUGAGAAAGUACUCGACUUCAAGGUCUGCUUUUCGGUAUAUUAUUUGGCCAGGAGAAUCAACAGUUAUACCCAAGGGAUGGGUGAUUCCUGUGAAUGGUAAGAAGUUGAGGAUUGGGGUACCAGUGAAUACUGGAUAUACUCAACUUGUGAAUGUAGUGUGGGAUAGUCAGCAUAACACAACAAUUGUUCGUGGGUUCUGCACAGAUGUGUUCAAUGCCGUCAAGAAAAGAUUGCCAUAUGCCGUCCCAUAUGAAUUCAUUCCAUUUGCAAAAGCUGAUGGUUCAACUUCUUCCCCUACUCAUUUUAAGCUGAAAUUGUACCAAUCAGAUGUCUACUACCUGUUUCUCUAUCACAUGGACAAACCUAUAUAUAACUUUGAUGCUGUAGUUGGUGAUAUCACAAUCUUAAGCAAUCGAUCAUUAUAUGUGGAUUUCACAUUGCCAUAUACAAAGGGAGGAGUGAUGAUGACUAUCCCAAUUAAAUAUGAGGAAAAAGAGAAAAACUCUUCAAUCUUCUUAAAGACAUUAACAACAGAUCUAUGGUUGGUUAUCCUUGCUUUCUUUGUACUUAUAGGACUUCUGGUUUUGUUUCUUGAAGACCAGAGAAAAAAUGAGUUUAGGGAUUCUCCAUCUCAACAAGUUCGAGGGAAGUUGUCAAGCAACUUGACUCGUGCUGUAGUGAUUGUGUGGAUGGUGAUAAUGCUAAUCUUGACUUCGUGCUACACCGUAAAUUUAUCGUUGAUUUUGACUGUUCAACGACUUAAACCUUCAUUCACUAGCAUUGAAGCCCUUCAAAAGAAUGGAGACUAUGUAGGAUACCAAGUAGGAGAUUUUAUUUUUGAGCUCCUAAAGCAGUUAAAUUUCGAUGAAUCCAAGCUGAUAGCUUGCGACACUUCUGCUGAUUAUGAUGAAGCCUUGUCAAAAGGGAGCUUGAGUGAGGAAAUUUCUGCCUACUUUGAAAUUCCGCUUGCCAUGAAAGUUUUUGGAGCAACAUAUUGUGAUAAAUACACCAUUAUUGGUCCCAUUCACAAGACGGAAGGAUUUAGCUUUAACUCGACACGCGUUCAACUUUUAGUGAACGGUUCAGAUGAGUUGGUUGAUUCUUCACCAAAACCUGGUUUGAAGUAA